AUGUCGUUUACUCUUAGUUUCUCAAGAUUUUUGGGUAAGAAGUCGAAACUUGAGAGUCCAAAUUUUGAAAAGCUUGGUCAAAACCUCACAAGUAUUAGGCAACUGUACUUGGAUGGGGUAUCAAGUGAGCAUGACAAAGUGUGGGUUAAUGGGAACAUUUCCUCAAGAGAUCUUCCAGAUCUUUCUAGUUCCAACUUCAGUGGACCACUUCCCAGCUCAUUUUCAAAAAUCACAGAGCUUAAGGAAAUGGAUUUAUCGGAUAACAACUUCAUUGGUCCAAUUCCAUCACUAGGCAAAGCCAAAAAGCUUGCCUACAUAGACCUUUCAUAUAAUGGUCUAAGUGGUUCACUUUCAUCAGCUCAACUUGAAGGACUGCAAAGUCUUUCCGUAAUUGGCUUGAGUUACAAUUCCAUCAGUGGUACCAUCCCUUGGUAUCUUUUCAUGCUCCCAUCAUUCGAGGUGGUUGACCUUUCUCAUAAUCAAUUUGAUAAAUGGGAAGGGUUCAGAGAUGUGUUUUCCUCUAAGCUAGUUCACUUUGGAGGUCUGAAUCAAAGUUCCAUAAUUGACUUGAGUUACAAUUCCAUUAGUGGCAGCAUCCCUUCAUCUCUUUUUGUGCUCCCAUCGUUGUGGAAGCUUUACCUUUCCAACAAUCAAUUUAGUAAAUUAGAAGAGUUCACAAAUUUCAAGGGGCCAAUGCUGCUAGAUGCACUAAUGAAACUUAACAGUUUAUUGGUUCUAGACCUUUCAUUCAAUGACAUAGAUGAUGUUAGUGUUACCCAUGUUGAACUUUCCUCUUCUUCAAAAAUAACCAAUCUAAAGCUAGCAUUCUGCAAGUUGAAAACUUUCCCAGACAUCGGUUAUUACAUGUCUAGGACAUAUUAUUUUUCUCUAGCAAACAAUAAUAUUGAUGGCAGCAUCCCUCAUUCUUUGUGCAAUGCUCUAAUGCUUGAAGUUCUUGAUCUUUCUCAUAACAAAAUAUCUGGUGAAGUUCCCCAAUGUUUGAUGAAACUAGAGGUAUUAGAUGUUGGUAGAAAUAAACUUGCUGGUGCCUUUCCUUGCUUUCUAAGUUACAUAUCCACACUUCGUGUCCUGAUUUUGCAGAACAAUAAGUUUCAUGGUCGAAUGGUAUGUCCAAAAGACAGUUGUGUUUGGAACACCUCACAGAUUGUUGAUGUGGCUUUUAACCUCUUUAGUGGUGAACUACCUGUCAAAUGGUUCAUAGGCUGGAAGAAGAUGAUAUCUAAUGAUGCUGGAGAAAACUCAAAGCUAAGCCAUAUCCAAUUUGGUGGUGAUAACAACCAUGCAGUAUAUUAUCAGGAUUCAAUAACAUUCACAAGCAGAGGCAAUAAAGAUGUAAGAUUCUGA